AUGUCUGGUUUACCGCGGUCUUGCUUCCGAAAACAAAGUAGUAUUUACUGUGGCCAUUGUGAGGAAUAUUUGUCAAGAACCUCUUUUUGGRGACAUCGAAAGGCGUAUUAUAAUGAAAAGUCAGGUACAUGGAUAAAGAAAACUACGAAAACAUCCACGUUUCAAUCACGUGUUGUUGGCGCUGGCACAAUUGAAAACUCACAAGCUUUUCAGAGCAUCUUUGCUGCUUCAGAUAGUGAAAACUCUGACAUGGAAAUUGAAAUGACAGGUGAAGCUACAAAUAGUAAUAGUUUUGUGACUGAACACAGCGAACAAAAAGAGCAACAUGAUUGUGAUUCUGUGGAGGUUACAGACAGUGAUGCAAUGGAGGAAGAUUCAGAAACUGAUAGAGAGGAUGAAUGUAGCCAUGCCUGUGAAAGCGAUGAGGAAAUAUGGUCUGAGAAAGAUGCAGCUGAUCUAUUUCAAGAAUUAAAUGGGGAGGAGGCACUUCCAGAACCUAAUGCUGCACACUAUACAAUCUCGACAGUUGCACUAUACGUGUUGGCAACCAGCUGGUACCAAGAAUAUGUUCAGUAAAAGCUUUUGCAAAAGGUCGCUCAAAAGAGUGCGGAGAUCAGUUGGUGCAAUCUACUUGGUACUUCUCAAUCUUCCUCGCCAAGAAAGAUAUAAAUGGGAAAACAUAA